AAGAAUCUGUCAAACUCAAACUCAGUGUGGUCAAAAUCUUUUUUACCUAACGAUUUCAUACAAUAAAAUACAAAAUAUUUUAUUGAUAUAAAAUUCAAUGCAUAAUUAAAAGCUACAAAAAUGUGUCUUUUCAUCACCGAUCAUAACACCUGUUUAUAUUCGGGACUGUCAUGUAUAUUUUUAACAUUUACUUAUGUUGGCAGUUUAUACAUUUGGAGAUCCCAGCUGAGCAGAGACCACCCAAUAACAAUCAAAAGGAGAUUUUUUAGUGUGUUCUGCAUGAUGAUGAUUGCUCCAAUCUUCACGUAUAACCUGGUGAAAGAGGAAACAUUGGAAAGGGGGAGCCUCUUAGAAUAUAUGGGCUUUCGAUUCUCAGGAAUGAUAUCUGCAUUAAUAAUUCCAUUACUAUUGACUGCCACUUUAUUUUUGGGACCACUGACUAUGCACUUUUUUGCUGGCACAUGGAAGCUGUAUAUGGAUCCAGUGAUUUGGAUAUUGAGUUUUCAAGAUCUAGUGUGGUUGCGCAAUCACAUAAUGGCACCAAUAAGUGAGGAGUGGGUAUUCAGAUCAUGUAUGAUGCCAUUGCUGCUUCAGUGCUUGGAACCUCUCACUGCUGUGUUCACUGGACCGUUCCUGUUUGGUAUUGCCCAUUUCCAUCACUUGCAUGAGCUAUUGACUGGAGGACAUACCAUUAGAUCUGCGUUUUUUACGUCACUAUUUCAAUUUUCGUUUACAACUGUAUUUGGUGCUUAUUCGGCAUACCUAUUUUUACGUACUGGUCAUUUCUUCGCUCCGCUCGUCGCCCACAUAUUUUGCAACCACCUUGGUUUCCCGAAUUUCUUCGAAGUGCUUCGCUUUCCGCUGAUGCAAAGGAUCGUCAUUGUAUUCAAUUACUUCCUUGGCCUGUUCCUUUGGGUUUACUGGCUCGUGCCAUUGACCAGCCCCUUCAUUUACGACAACAGGCUGGAAUUGUUGACUUGACUUUGCACACCUUACUAAAGCGAUUUUAAUUUUUUUUUAAAGGAAAUAUAAACGUCUAUGGGCAAAGCCUCAUUAGUGCGUUGUGUUACAUCGCAUCGUAGCGACGGAUCAACGCAUUGUAUUCCACACCUAUGUGUACCAACAAUGCGUCGGAACAACCACUCUUCCCCGCUUCGUCUCUAGUCGGUCUUUCCGUUGAAACUUUGCGUACGACGACGCAACGUCGCAUAAAGGCAUGUCAUCUAGGGGGUAACCUCUGGAUCUGCUGAACUGAUUUUAAAAAUUGUUUUACCACUAGAAAGCCACGUUAUGUGUGAGUGUCUUGGGCUAUAUUUUAUCCCCGUAUUCUCACGGGAACGGCAACUACGCGGGUGAAACCGCGGGGCGUCGGCUUGUUUCAAAUAUAUGGAAAACGUCGCAUCGUCGACGUUGCAACGUAACGCAACACACUAAUGAGGCAGAAGGCUUAUGGAGUUAUUUACAUUAUGUUGUUUUCGUCUUUUGUUGUCAAUGGUUUGUUGAUCUGUAAUUUUUUAAAAUCAAGUAUAAUUUACCAUAUUCCCGGGUAAUACGCAGGGUGUGUUUAUUUAGUUAAUCUAUAAUUAAAGUGACCAUGUUAUGUAACUUGUCAUGUUACAAUUUUUUCAUGAAAUGUUACAUAGUAUCGAAAAUCAUUAUAUUUAUUUAUAUUUAAGGUUACCAUUUACUAAAAUAAGAUUUUAUUUUAUCAUGCUGUAAAACUAAAGGUUAUUUUAUUGCACAAGUACUAAACAAGAAAUUGCUUUUAAAAGUCUCACCUGGAAUUUUUUUUUGAAAAACUAAUUCUGUUUUGUCAAUCUAAUUGAUUAAGUAUAACUAUAUACAUAAGAUAUAAAGUGUUAAGUCGAUAAAAGAUUUAGUGUAGGUACUUUUUUUUACACUAAAACUUGAAGAUUGAUUUUAUAUGAAAAACCAUAAUUACACAACUUCGAAGUUUGUUUACAGGAAGUCAGCACACUUCUCCAUGUUAUUGAGAAAUGUCUAUGUAUACUCAGAGGCACAAUUAUCUGCCAUCUUUGAUAUGACGCGAGUAUAUUAAAAUGGGCGGAUAAUUGUGCCCCUGAGUAUGUAAUCUAGGUUUCAUAUAUUUCAUUUUAUUGGGUAACGAUUUUUAUUAUGGACAUAAAUUGUAUUGUAAGUAUACAAUAAUAUCUCGACUAUUUUAGAUUUAACUACGAGUAGUUAGUCAUUAUACUAUAUUCAAUAUUCAGUAUUUAUUGUCUGUAUACAGUUUUUAUAUAAAUAAGUUUAAUUUUACAUACAUUUUUGAUAACCUCACUUGUCUGUGCCAUAAUAUUAGUUCUUAAAAUGAGUGUUGCCAGCAAUUUCGCUUUUGUGUGUUUGGAGCUUUUUUACACAGGACCUGUAGCCUUGUGGCACGUCGAUUCUAUUUCUACAAACGCUAACGAUUCGAAAAUUUACAAAUGUAAGUAUGGGAAUGAUGGCAUUCACUAUCGACAGGUCACGUGAUCAAGUUGUCGAUCGAAUCGGUCGGAAAUGUAUGGGAAUACAUUUUGUUAGUUUUCGAAGCGUUAGCGUUUGUAGAAAGAUAAUCGACGUGUGAAUUGGCUAAGGCCCAGGGAUAUUUAGUACGUAAUAUAAACGAUCAUCACAGACUUUCGCACGUAAGCUACUUUGUUAUACUUGUGUAUACUACUGAAAAAAAAUGAACUUUUUGGAAAUCCCACAGGAACCAUGGAAUUUCCAUGAAUAAAAAUUAGCCCAGGUCCUGCUCUAGGGUCAAUUGGAUCUUGGAGCAGAACUUGGGCUACUAUGUCUACCAAAUUUCGUCCAAAUGGUUUCAGUGGCUUAACCCAGAAAAGGUAACAGACAGACAGACAUACCUACACAUUUAUAAUAUUAGUAUGGAUAUAAGUUGUUCAUCAGAUGAACUGCAGAAUUUGGAGCUAUGUGUUUGCAAUAUAUUAAGUAGGUAUUUGAUGUUUUGCUUCGGUUGACCGACCAAUGUUACCUCAACUUUUUCAAUUUUGUACAUAUUGCUCGAAACGUUCCUUGAUCACAGUUUUGAUAAUUCCUAACCUAUAACAACUAAGUAGUAUUACUUAUUACCUGUAGGUAUUUUGUAAGGUAUAUCAUUAAAUUGUACUUUAUAUUAUGUAAUAUCUUGUUAUGCCGGCCACACACGGUCAAGUAGCUCUGCAGCGUGUAAGAGCGUGGGGCACGAUGUCGUCUUACAUAGAAAUAUCUGUGGUAUGUCACAAAACGCGGUCUGGCGCCGCACCGGACUUGCAACCACCGAGACGAGGCGGGGAGGGGUGAAUGAGUUGCGACGUCGGAGCGGCACCGCUCAGUUGUUUAUGCGUCACAACAUUACUUUAUUAACAGACUGUCCAACGCUGCUACGGCGGCGCUGCGACAUAACAACGUUGCGGCGUCGCACCGCUUGUGUGUCCGCUGAUACGGUGAAAUCUUUGCGUUGCGGCGGCGGUGCGGCGCCGGAGCGAUGUCGCUGCAUCGUCUUAUAUAGAAAUAUCUGAGGCAUGUGACAAGAUGCGUUCCGGCGCCGCACUGGACUUGCAACCACCGAAACGAGGCGGGGAGGGGUGAAUGCGUAACGACGUCGGAGCGGCACCGCUCAGUUGUCGAUGAGAAUCGAUAUUCUCAUCGAUAUCGUCAUUAGUGGUUACGCUUACGGGCUUUGUGGACGUCAUCAGGGUGAAAUGCGAGCACAACACACAAUAGUCACGGUUUUACACUAGGUACUUAAAUUCACACUUUGUUUACACUUUAUUCAGACUUUAUAGUAAUUUCGAGAAAAAGACAAUUAAAACCGAGCAGCGAGAGCGAGUGUUACGUAGUUCAAUUUAACAACCAAUAUUCGUAAUUUAUUAGAUUUAAUUCAAAAUGUAACAAAUCAAAUAAAAUAAAAUUAGGACUUUUAAAAGCAUUCAAAAUGUAAACCGACAUUGUACGUUAUGCAUUCAAGCAACAAUCAACUCGACCAGUAACUUCCUCCGACGUAUAUAUUAGCAGCGCUGUAUAACUGACGCGUCUGUGGCCGGUGUAUGAUAGUGUGUAAGCGAGUAGUAUCAGGAUUUGUUAGAAUUUAAUGUAUUGUGCGGGUCUACGAAAUAAGCACACCUACGGCUCAACUCUCGUGACUUUGUAAAUCCUACUUUCUGAUGGGUACGGGGACUCCUUUACGUUUUAUAUGGGCGCCAAGAGAUAAUUUGUCGUACCUACAUAUAUCCGUCUAACUAAAGUAAUGACAUAAAUAUCGCUCUCUAUCUGCGAUGGAUGGAAUGUAUCCUGAAAGCCGAAUGGAUAUGACCUCUGCCUUCGAUUAUGCGAGCGUAGGUUCGUCUCUGGUCUGGGGUAUGCACCUUAAAAUUUUCAGUUAUGUGCAUUUAAAGAAAUUCAACAUCACGUGUCUUAAACAUCGUGUGUGAAGGAAAACAUCAUGAGCAAUCCAAAAGGUGUGCACACCUGAGAAUUUUCUUAGUUCUCUACAUGUUUGAAGUCUGCCAAUCCGCAUUGGACCAGUGAGGUGGACUGUUGGCCUAAUUCUCUUUCUGAGUGUCGCAUAUAUUAUUUACGACUAUAUAUUUACUUGGACAAAAUUCAUUAUCAGCCUAUUUUAACGGCCUACUAAAGAGCCAUGUCUCCCUCCAUAUGGGGGAGGAUAUGGGACUUGGACCCAUUACGCUGCUUCAACGUAGGUUGACACAAAGUUUCUCGACCUUUUGCCAUGCGGGUUUUUAGUCAUGACCUUUGGUAUGUGAAACGUGGUUUCCCAGGAAUUCACGGAGUUGAGCACUUUUUUUAACUUCUUUAAUUAAUGACCCAAGUUGGUAACUUUGCUUAACCACGUCUAGUCUCUUAUUACUCGUAUAUAGCAAUCUACGGUCAAACCGUAUCUAACUUACGAUCAAUUUCAUUCUUAUUAUUUCUUAUUCUUAUUAUUGAGAUUACAUUACUAGAUAAAUUAAGAAAAUGGCCAUGUUGCGAAAUAUAACAAACAAAUUUCUUCAAUUAUCAUAUUGGAGCCGUAAAAGCCCAGUGGAUAUGAAGUCUGCCUCUGAAUACGGAGGAUGUGGGUUCGAAUCCUGUCCGGGGGAAUGCAUCCCCAACUUUUCAGUUGUGUGCAUUUUAAGAAUUUAAAUAUCGCGUGUCUCAAACGGUGAAGGCAAAUAUCGUGAGGAUACCUGCUUACCAGAGAUUUUUCUUAAUUAUCUGCGUAUGUAAAGUCUGCCAAUCCGCAUUGGGCCAGCGUGGUGGACUAAGGCCUAAAGAGGAGACUCGAGCUCAGCAGUAAGCCGAAUAUGGGUUGAUAAUCAUGAUGAACAUAUUGAAGAAUAUUAGCUUUUUAGCAACCUGACGCCCUCUAUUCAGGAUUUUUAGUCUCCGUUUUUCCAGGCCAAGGUCAGAAUAAUGAUUGGCAAAAAAUAAUAUUAGGUAUAUACUUAUACCUGCUAAAAGCAAAGCUACCGAACUUAAAAUUAACUUUCUACUAGUCAAUUGAUGUAACUUAGGAUAACCUACUGUGUGUAUAAUUUGAAAUGUAUCGCGUGUCAAGUUUUUUGUAAUUUGUAUUACAUAAUAAGUUCUAAAUGUAAUGAAUUCUCAAAAAGACAACCAUUUAUCACC